GAAAGGCAGCGGGAGACGGCCGCCGAGAUCCCCCCCCCUCAUCUCUUUGAAUAUAAUUUUAGAUUGAGAUUCAGAUUAAAUCCGAGGGGAAAACACUUUAUGAGGCUGAAAGCUGUGUCGUUGCCAGAGCCAGGGUUAUGAGCUAUCAAAUGCAAUUACAUUAAGACAGAUUAUACUGGGCAAAUUGAGCCAUUUAGAAGGUGAGAAUCAAAGAAACGGCUCUGAUCCUCUCUCUUCCCCCUUCUCUCUCCCUCUCCCUUCUCUCUAAAUUGCAGUUCGUAGUUCCUUGCAAUUCUGAGGCACAAAAGUAGGUGAGACUGCUUUUGUAUCUGCGAAGUGCUUCACUCCUGAAUGUAAUUCUAGCUGAGUGCAAUCUAGGUUAAGAGCCGGACAAGCGGGUAAUUAGAGCCCCGCUCGCUGCCCGAGGACCGGCCGCCCGCCCCGCUGAAGCGCGCCCGGGAGUCGGCGCCUUUUUCCCUUCCCGGGCCGAGCCGAGAGCUGCGGCUGGACACGGAGCGCCCGAGAUGAUGGUGCUGGACAAGGAGGACGGUGUGCCGAUGCUCUCCGUCCAGCCCAAAGGGAAGCAGAAGGGCUGUGCGGGCUGUAACCGCAAGAUCAAGGACCGUUACCUGCUGAAGGCACUGGACAAGUACUGGCACGAGGACUGUCUGAAGUGCGCCUGCUGUGACUGCCGCCUGGGUGAGGUGGGCUCCACCCUCUACACCAAGGCCAACCUCAUCCUGUGCCGGCGUGACUACCUAAGGCUCUUCGGCACCACAGGGAACUGUGCAGCCUGUAGCAAGCUGAUCCCAGCAUUUGAGAUGGUGAUGCGGGCCCGAGACAAUGUGUACCACCUCGACUGCUUUGCCUGUCAGCUCUGCAACCAGAGGUUUUGCGUGGGAGACAAAUUCUUCCUGAAGAACAACAUGAUCUUGUGCCAGAUGGACUAUGAGGAGGGGCAGCUCAAUGGCACCUUCGAAUCCCAGGUUCAGUAACACCCCGUGCCUGGCCUCCAGGCCCAACCAUCCGUCUCCCUGCCUGCCCACCCACCUGGCAGGCCAGCCAGCCACUCUGCCCGUGUGGGCUGGCCAGCUGCUGUCCUGCCAAGUUAGAACGUCUCCAUCCUCGAUGGGAGGGUGGCCCUUCCUCCACCGCCACCGCCUGUCUGUGUGUAACCCCUUCCUGGGGCCAGGCUGGGCCUGUACAGUCUGUCUUCUGUAUAUAAAUGGGAACAUUUAUUUUAUGAGAAAUGUAAUGCGAUUUUAUUACUGGCGUGGAUUAAACUUAUGAAUGUUUCCGGG